AUGGACGCUUGUCGGGAGAAGAGAAGACGAUGUACGAAGCUGAGAGUAAGUACUGAUAAUAACGACAGUGAGAAGAUGAUGCACAGAGAAAUCGAGAGACAAAGAAGACAAGAAAUGGCUUCUCUUUAUGCCUCUCUUCGUUCUCUUCUCCCUCUUAACUUUAUUCAGGGUAAGCGUUCGACUUCAGAUCAAGUGAAUGAGGCGGUGAACUACAUAAAGUAUCUACAGAGGAAGAUCAAGGAGCUUAGUUCUAGGAGAGAUGAGCUCAUGUUACUGUCUAGAGGAAGCUUCUUGGAUGAUUCUAAAGAUGAGAUGGAGAUGAUGAAUCAUGUGAUGGUUCGUCAGUGCUUGGUGGGAGUUGAAAUCGUGUUUAGCAGCCGCUGCUGCGGUGGACAACCGCAGCUUUCGAGUGUUUUUCAAGUGCUUUGUGAGAAUGGUCUCUGCCUUCUUAACUCCAUCUCUUCUAUAGUUGAUGAUAGGCUGAUUUACACCAUACAUGCUGAAGUCAGCGAUAUGACCUUGAUUGACGUAGCACAACUUGAAGAGAGAUUAACCAGAAUGAAGUAA